CCUACCCUUCAAACCUUAAUAAAAGCAACUUGUCUUCAACAUUCUAUAUCCUCCAUCUCACUUUUUUCACUUCUCUCUCUACUCUAUCUCUCUCUCUCUCUUUGGGUUCCCUUCUCUUCUCUUUAUUGUCCUCUAUUUUGUGGGUCCCUUACCCUGCAAAAUCAAGCACACACACACAGCUGUAUCAUUAUUAUAUCUUCCUCAACCAGCAACUUCAACUUCCUUUGUAACUGCUUCCACAUUUCAAAAAACCUUAACCCUCUUUCUUUUUUCUCUCUUAUUUUCUUCUACUUUAUUUUUUUCCUUAGGUUUCUCUUCUUUUUGUUAUUGCUAUGGCUAAACUUAAUGAAGAUGUUACUGAGUUUGAAAAAGUGAAUGAGAAACUUACUGAGUUUGAUACCGCGUUUGGUUUUCCUACUGAGUUUCCUUACGAGUUUGACUCGUUUGAAACUGAAAACAGUGAUGAGGAAGAUUUCUUUGCUGGUUUAACUCGUCGACUGAGUCAAACCUCGCUUAACGAAACUCGGAAGCAACUCAGCGAACUCAGUGCUCCCAUUUUCAACAGCGAAAAACCUGAGAUUCAUGAGAAGGUUCGAGUUAUGGCUGGUUCACCUCAGUCGACGUUAGCCGGAAUCGGAAGCUGGUCGGGUCGUAGCGGCGGGUCAAGUGACGGAAGUCCAAACGGUUCAACUCGUGUACCUUCGCCAACAACAAUACCGUUCUCCACCGGAAACGACGCUUGGGAGGUUUUAUACGCCGCUGCCGGUGAAGUUGCAAGGUUGAAGAUGAACAACGAAGCUUCGUUGUUCGAGUUUCAGAACAAAAGAGGACUACUCGGCGGCCUUCCACCACCUAUCACGGCGGAGAAUCGCGCCGCAGCUUUGUUCGGAAACCCUAAUCCUUCUCAUGUUCAGUAUCAUCAAUUGAAGCAACAGUGUGAAUCAAUUUGGGGAAGACAAGCCCGGGUCCAGGCCCAGGCCCAAGCAAAGGAAGCUAGUUGGUUGGCUCAUCAGGUUCAGAGCAGAGGAUAUGAAUAUGAAGGAAUGAAAUGCAUGCGGGCUUUGCCUCGUCCAGCAUGGCAUUCAACUAUGCAAGUGAAGCAGCACCAAAAUAAUCCGGGUCUUUUCAACGGAUCCGGGUCUGGUUCAAGACCCGGUUUAUAUAAUGGAUCUGAUGUGAAAAGAGGAUGUGGAGGAACAGGGGUGUUCUUACCUCGUCCAUAUGGGACCCCUCCUCCUGAAUCUCGCAAGAAAACAAGUAACAAUCAUGAACCAUUUGUGUGUCGCAAGAAAACAGGUCGUUCAAGUGUUUUGGUCCCAGCUAAGGUUAUUCAUGCUUUGAAUUUGACUAUUGAUGACUUUAAUGGUGGUAGACAACCUUGUUUUUCAAAUGAUUUUGGUGUGGAUUAUGAUGCAUUGUUGGCAAGGAGAAAUGCUCUUGUGAUGCAGCAGAGAUUAAGAAUGCAAAGAGAAGAGGCAGCUAGUUAUGAAAAUCGUUUGCCUCAGGAAUGGACUUAUUGAUUCAAGCAAGGAUUCAAGUUUCUUCUGAUUAUUGAUGAUGAUGAUGAUGAAAAAAUUAGUUAAUUUAGAAGGGUUGUGAUAAUAUGUAUUUUUAAUAAUAAAAAUAUUUUAGUAUAAAGAUGAGAUUGAAGAAUGUGUUUUGGUUAGUUUAGUGGCAAUAAAAACAUCCGGUUUUUGUGAGAUGCAGCUUUUGGGGAACACUUGUAGUUGGAAAGAAGAACAUUGAAAGAUGGUUAGAUUAGGGGUUAGAGUUUUUAAUCUUUUUAAUUAAUAUUUUAAUAUUAUUAUUUUGUAAUAAGGUAAAGUGGUCAUUGUCUUCCAUGUUAAAUUAUUAAGUUUAUGGAAGAAGGGUAAAAGGGCUUAUUAGCCAUUAUAAGCUAAAGUUUCAUUCAAGUCAAGAUGUACUAGUUUGUAAUAAGUCAUGCUAUUUUAAGCUUAUAAUAUGUAGUACUCCGAAUUUAUUUUA